AUGUACCUUGGAGUAAAUGGGAAGAAGAAGAAACAUGGUGACUUAUUUGGCGGUUUGAAUAGCGGACUACAAGACGGUCUGCUUUCGAGGGCAGAGGCUCUGGCAGCUGACUUAGGAAAGCACAAUGCAGGCACGCCGAUGCCUCUUAAGCAUGAUCCUGUAUCUUUAGGUUAUCUAUAA